AUUUAUUGUAAAAAAUAAUACAAGCGGAUCAUAGAGAGUAGUAAUUUCGCCCUACCUAAUCUCUUUCAUAUAUUAAACUUGCACUAAUGUUUGAAAUCGUAAGCCUCAAAGCAUUGAUGGCUUCUAAGGAAGAAGUCCGGCCAGCGUUAAGGGUGAUACCCGUCGUGGUGGUGCCCCUCCCGGCCCAAGGCCACCUGAACCAGCUCCUCCAUCUCUCCCACCUCCUCGCGGCCCGCGGCAUCCCGGUCCACUACGUCGGCUCAGCCUCGCACAACCGCCAAGCCCGGGAGCGCGCCCUCGGCUGGCAGCCGGAGUCCCCAGGCCACCGCCCCAUCCGCUUCCACGACUUCAUUCUUCCCCCCUUCCCUUCCCCUCCCGCCUCCACCCACGCCCCCCUCGCCCACCUCCUUCCUCUCUUCGAUGCCGCGGCCCUCCACUUCCGCUCCCCCCUCGCUGCCCUCCUCCGAUCGCUCACCACCUCCUCCCGCCGCGUCGUUCUGAUACAUGACUCCACCAUGGCCUUCGCCGUCAGCGUCGCCGCCUCCGUCCCGCACGUCGAGGCCUUCUCCUUCCACAGCGUCUCCGCCUUCUCCCUCCUGCUGUAUUACUGCGAGUCUCGUGGCAAGCCCCCCGACGACCCGUCCAUCGCCAAACUGAACAUCCCCGACAUACCCAACAACGCGUGCUUCACCGAACAGUUCUUGGAUUUCCUCCGCCGCCAGCAUGAAUCGACCGCCGCCGACUCUGGUCGCCUGUUCAACACCUGUCGUGGGAUCGAAGGAAGAUUCAUCGACCUGCUGGCACGAGAGCCGCAGUGGCGAACCCAGAAAACCUUCGCGAUCGGCCCACUGAAUCCGUUAUCCAUCACCAAGCGUACCGGUUGCGGCCCCCGCCAUCCUUGUCUGGAGUGGCUGGACAAGCAGCCGCCGGCGUCGGUCCUGUACGUGUCGUUCGGGACAGCAUCGGCGCUGUCCGACGACCAAGUCGUCGAGCUGGCAUGGGGGCUCGAGGCCAGCCGGCAGCGCUUCAUCUGGGUGCUCCGGGACGCCGACAGGGCCGACAUUUACACGGAAGAAGGCGAUGAGGGGAAGCAGAAGCCGAAGAAGAGCCAAGAGGAGAGGCUGGGACGCCUGGACUACGACCGGAGGGUGGAGAGGGUGGGAAGGGUGGUGAGGGGGUGGGCCCCGCAGCUGGAGAUCCUGGCCCACCCGUCGACCGGGGGUUUCAUGAGCCACUGCGGGUGGAAUUCGUGCAUGGAGAGCAUGAGCAUGGGGGUCCCGCUCCUGGCGUGGCCCAUGCACUCGGACCAGCCCAGGAACACGCUGCUGCUGACCCGCGUCCUCCGCGUCGGUAUCACGGCGAGGGACUGGGCCAGGCGGAACGAGGUCGUGCCGGCGGCGGCGAUAAGGGAUUCCAUCGUGAGGCUCAUGGUCAGCGAGGAAGGGAAGGAGGUGAGGGCGAGAGCGACGGCCGUCGGUGGUGUAGCCCGGCAGGCCACCACGGAAGGUGGCACCUCCCGGGCUGAUUUCGAUGCCUUCAUCACCCAUAUUACCAAGUGAAAGAAAUGGAGUACGCAGCUGGGGGUCCAAAUACAGCGCAUGGUGGGAUGGGUUAAAAGCAUCUGCAGAGAGCGACAGUAGCCACUCGGAGCUUUUGCCGCCUCCAUUUGGUCUGUUCGGAGUUUUUCUUUCAGCAUGGUUGCAAUGUAUCACAGGUAUUCCCUUUUUCAAGGCCAUCUGGAUUUCCAAUAAGUGUAUUGUGGUCCAAGUUAAAUCGCCUCCCAAUAGAUAUAGAGAGAGAACGACAGAAACAUAGGUCCCGCUUUCUUUAAUUUAUUAGCUUGAUUCAUUAAAGUUGUAGUUUGUCAAACAGUAAUUGAUUGAGACAAGAGUUGUUGCGACAGGUAAAAAGAAUAAUGAAAUAAGUAGAAAUAAAAGAAUAAAAAAAUAUAAUAUUUAUGUUGUUCAGCCUGCUAAUCUUCAUACACGGGCAGAUACAAUGCAAAAACUUCACUAUAAGAAAAAAGAUGGAGAUUACGGAGUACAAAAUUUUCUAACAAACUCUAGUCUCCAAUACAUCUAAUUCCUAGGACACUUAAUUGCUCUCUUCUCUUUAGGUUACAACAGAUAUAUAUAGUAGAGUAAAUCAAUUUAGACUCGAACUAGUAUUUCCUACAAUAAUCAUGUUAGGCUAAUAUAUAAUUGGCGUCCUAAGUGGACCUUCUAAAACUGAUGUGGAUUUGAUCUUCGAUCUUGUAGAACCUGUAAACUUAAGAUAUACUUAACAAAUCUCCACCUGAGUUUGAAUUUUACUGAGUUUGAUAAUUUUUCCUUGCCUUCCAAUGCAUUCUACAACCCCUAUUGCACUAAAAGUGUUCGCUUCUUAAUCUGCCAAAUGCGAAAAUCGUUUGCACAAUUAAACUUCUCAAUUUCAAAUUUUGUGUUCGUCAUCACGAAAUUCCAAUUGAAAAGACCAAAGCUCCAAUACCGCCUAUUGUGACAAGUAAAGAAAAUAACAAAACAAGAAGGAAAAAAAGAAAAAAAAAAA